AUGACCCUAAUGAUCCCCAACAGCAGCAGCAAUUUCCUCCCCUACCAUCUGAUAGUGAGGAAGAAGUGUGACACUGCACCAGGACCAGCUGAAGACCACCACCAUGGCCGCUACCAGCCGCAACUUCACCAAGAGAAGCCAGGCUGGGAAGAGGAUUGUAAGGAGUUCUUGGGGAUGUCACCCCUGCCUUGUGCAAACAUCAAAUUUCCAGAAGCAGCAGAGAACGAAUCUGCCCCUGCAGACCUGGAGGGAAGCUACCCCACUGCUCCCAAGAGACCCUCAGAGGAGAGCUGGGCUGUCCUCCCUCCGGAGCCAGCCCCAGCAGAGGGGAGCCCCUCUGAGAGCAGUGAGAGCAUCUCCCUUGUGACUCAGACUGCAAACCCUGCCUCUGUGCCUGCUGCACAGCUACAGACUGGAGCACAACCAGCUGGGACCAGAGACCUCUCCCAGAGGCUGCUGGAGGCCACCUCAGAAGAGCAGAGGUCUCUGCCAAAGCCCUCAGAACCUGCUAAUCCUUCUGCACCUGCACAGCAGUCAGCAGCAUCCUCAGAGCCAGUGGCUGUUACAGAGCUCAAAGAGGUGGAGAGCAGAGCCCAGGGCAGGACAGAGACUCUGAAAGAGGAAGGACCAACAGAUCUUCGAAUCUUUGAGCUGAACUCGGAUAGUGGGAAGUCCACCCCCUCCAACAAUGGCAAGAAAGGUUCCAGCACUGACAUUAGUGAGGACUGGGAGAAGGACUUUGAUUUGGACAUGACUGAGGAGGAGGUGCAGCUGGCGCUCUUGAAGGUGGAAGUGUCUGAGGAGCUGGAAGAUGAAGAACGGGAAGAUUUGGAAUAG